UUUUCAUUCAGCUGUAAUGAUCAUAGAAUAGUACAUGUAAAAUGGAAGACACAUUUCCGAUCGAUUACAUCAAUGAAUUCACAUAGGAAAUUACUGUGUGUAAGGAUUUCUUUCAGCCUAGUUGUAUGGAAAGCUGUGCAAAUGUUCACAUGUAAUAAAUUAUGCAUAUCCAAACAGUUUAUGUGUUUCUAAGACCAUUAGAUUGAAGGAAGUAGACGAAUCCUCGUAGCACAUGAUAUUCUAUUUGGUGUUUUUAACUAAGGACAAUGUCGAGAUAGUGCACUCAACAUGUACAUAUGCCCAUCAAGUGUAUUCCAAUAUAGUCAUGAACAUCAACACUGGCAAACUCCGGCACAUACAUCUGUCAUCUUGUAUUUGUUCAAGCAUUAGGAUGGUAAGUUGUGAUUGGAAAUCGACAACAUUAUUAAUUUGUGUAUAAAAUGGAUAUAGGAUUGUAAGGUGAGAAAAUAUGAUGAUGAUCGGAAUACUUCAUUUCGUUGAAAAUUUUAUUCAACAUGUUUAGUUUGUGCAUAAUUGAGUUUAGUUAAACUACUGCAGAUGUUCAAUGUAAGGUGAAUAAUUUCAACUGGUUUGUUUUCCAAACAGUUUUACCAAUAUUGAAACCUCCAUGUAGUCAGUCACAUGUGUAUUCUUAUUACUGUGUACUUGUUCACAGGCAAGUGAUGUUUCGUGGUCGAUAUAUACUAGUUCAACCAGAUACAUGUGUUACAGUCAUUCGUCGAGGUGGACUACGAUCAGUUGGAUCCAUAAUGAAGUGUUUAACAUGGCCUAGAAACAGUGUUCAUUCACCUUGUAAUAUACCACGAGAGUCAACGAGGAUGUCUGAUGAAAGUGGGGAAAAUAUUGUUGAUACAGUGAAUCAGGAGUGGAAUUCUGGCGACGAAACACCCAAUGAAUUUGAUCCAGGUUCACCAGAGAAAGACAGUGAAAAUGUCGAUAUUAUUACUAAGUGA